AUGGAAAGGGUGUCCGCGUUCCCUGCAAUUCGCGCAGAACUAAAACUCCAUCCGGACGUGCACACCCUCAACGACGAGUGGUCGGGGAUCACAAACCCUGUCAUUCGUCGCAAGCUACAGAACAGAUUGAACCAGCGAGCCGCAAGACGACGCAAGGCUGGGCAAAAGGCUGCCGAAAGCCAAAACAGCGAUACAUGUUCAGAUAAAAAUGGCGUUAGCGCCCGCGCCGCAAGGAUUAAAAACAAGCCCUUGCAUGAGAGGGUCGAUCUGAACGAUCUGUCGGUUGUGGGAACGAGGGCUUUGUCCACGAGCCAAUGGCAUGUUGCCGAUGAGGAGUCACAGCCUGGCAAGGGAUCUGCUUUUGUUUCCAUCCGGAGCAGAUAUUCCUGCCAACAGUGGUACCAAGUCAUGUUCGAGAACCGGAUGCGUUCCAUCGAGGAUCUUGCCCGACGGCUGCAGCAGGAGCGAGACUACUCCUGGCACACUCCGCUGUCGAGUGACCACCUCAUCACACUGGUGUAUUACAACGUAUACCGAGCUUUGCUUUCCAACGUGGAGAUGCUCGGCUUGGACCUCAACCUCAUGUACAUGGAUGACUACCCGUCGCCGUUUCUGCCGCUCUCGCCGAGCGCGUCCUCAAAUAUACGACAUCUCCCCCCAGGGCUUCAGCCCACCGAACUACAAAAGACAAUCGCCCACCAUCCGCAAUGGGAUAUUUUCCCCGACCCGGUCGUCAGGGACAACAUUCUCCGCUACGGGGAGAAGAACAUUGACGACCUGGAAUUCUGUCUCGACCUUGUCGGUGACGGGCAAAGCGUCGGAGAGGAAGAAUGCUCCACCCAGGAGAAGAACGGCCUGAUCGUCUGGGGCGAGCCGUGGGCCAUAGAUGGCUGGGAGGUGACAGAAGCAUUUGCCAGAAAGUACCCGUUCUUCGUCAAAGGUGCACAUUCUUUUCAAGAAAACAGCAACCGGUGGAGGAUACGGAGAGGCGAAGAGCCUCUGGACUAUGAGAGAAUAUGUGAGAUCGAAUAG